AUGUCUGCUGCACCGCAGGCAGAAAAGAAAGGGCACAUCUGCCCUCCCUCAAACGCCAAACACCCUUCCGAUAGAUGGGAGUCACUUUUGUCGAAGGUGGAGGGAUUGGAAACACCGAUGGACUUUGAGAAUGCCCUCUUGACGCAUGGCCCAGAUCCCAUACUACAAAAGAUUUUACAGCAGUUCAUACUGAAUUUGCGCCCGCAGACGCGUAAUUUGAGUCUUGAUCAUAUCUCUGCAACUUUGAAUGCUGUCCUUGCGGACACAUUCAAGACAUCGGAGCGAACUGUUUUCUGGGACGAUGAACUGAGGGCAAAUGUGAACCCUUUUGCCGAUUUGGAAGGCGGCUUUUUCGCAGCCGAUUGGGAUCUUAAACUCCAAGUUCUUCGCCAGCUGGUGGAAUUGCAACUUACGCACUCCAUUGACAUAAAGAAUACUGUCGAUCGCGCGUGGGGCGUGAUGCAGAACAAGCACAAGAAGAAAGACCCCGAAACUGCCCCACCUGAAUCCAAUGAUUCCAAGAGCCAGCAGAAUCUGCAACUUGUUCCAUUGGGUCAGGACGCACAACGCAAGCGCUAUUGGGUUGCAGAUGAUUCCCCGCGGAUAUACGUUUCAACUAACCCCUGGAAAAUAACCGCAACCUUCCAGACGGUCUCUUCAACGCGUGAAGAGUACCUUGCUGUGAUUGAGAAGCUGAAAGCAUCUUCCCCGCAAGGCGAUCGUAAAAACAAGCUAGAACAAGCCCAUACUGCACUCGUCAAGGCACUUGAAAGUCGGAUAGACAUUGUUGACGCAGAAUUAGCGCGUGUACAAAGGGCCCGCAAGAAGAUAGAACAGCGCCAGAUACUGUUGGCGCAAGCUGAAAUUCGACAGACCCGCACGCGACGGCAAACCCGUCGGCCCGACUACGUGUACCAUGACGCUGAGAGUGGAGAGGCAAGUGGUUGGCGCGAUCAUUUAAUUUCGAUGGCUCAUAUAUUUUACGAACAGGAUGACGCUGAUGAAUAUCAAUUUGAAGAGGACAACGACUAUGAUGACGAGCCAUUUGCGGAGGAUAACUUUGGUAGCUCCCGAUCACAUGGCCGUCGACAGUUGGAGGUGACUGCACAGCGGAGAUCCACUCGUGCCACAAAAUCCAAACGAUCCUCCCCUGAUUUGUCUGCUUUUGAAUGGAGAGGCGAAAGGAGGUCGACUCGUCUUGGCACUACUGAAGAGACACCCAUAGACCGCCCAUCAAAACGUGCGCGAACGGAGGAAAGCACGAUGAGUUCUACGUCUGCAGGGUUGCCCCCAGCCUUACCAGCCGAGAAUUCAAACGGCGUCUCGAAGACCAAAGCGAACGGCGCAGCAGCUGUCAAACCAACUGAGAUUGCAGUUGAACAGCUUGGAGGGAAAAAGAAGAGCAAAUUUUGGUUCUAUGCCGUGGAACCGAUCCCUGCGCCUUCUGACGUCCUCCCACCUGGUGGCAGUGGUUCGACCUCCGUGAACGGUCAUGGACACAACGGAGAUACCGGCCCCUCCGGCACCAGUAGUAACGCUUCGGUCCCCACACAUGGCAGUGGAGAUGUGAUGGACAUCGACGACCACAAAGAGAGUAGCUUAUCGCCAGUUGCAUUGGAAGGACUGCGGAGUGUAUGA